AUUGAUCUGGCCAGUUGUGUAACAGAGGUGGUUGUGACUCAGUUUCACCUGCUUUGGUGUCAACCAAAUUAACAACAGGUGCAGUAGAGGGAAAACAAUGAGACGACCCCCAAAAUAGGAAUGGUUUUACAGGAAAAGGCCAGAAGAAGGGAUCCUUCCUGUAAGGAAAUCAUUGCGUCUACAGAAGAAAAAAACAGAAUCUAUGGUGGUGGUGAAUAGUUUAAAGGUACCUGUACCAAUGUGCCCAGUGAACUUGCAGGAGGACAGCCAACUCCCUGAGAGUCUUCUCCAUCUGUGGACUGAGGAACCUAUACAGUACGAGUGGAAGAAAGUGGACCUGCAGGUGUACAAGGAGGGCCUGCAGAACACGCAUAAACAUGAGAAGCAAGUGGUGAAGGUGGUAAAGAAGUGGAUCUACUCGGCAGCCUUCCACCCGUGUGCCAGCAGUCUCCUCAUGGCCGCCGGGGACAAGUGCGGCCAAGUAGGCCUCUGCAACCUGGGGGCUAGUUGGGGUGACAAUGGAGUUCUACAGUUUGAACCUCACACUAGCUCAGUCACCCACAUGGCUUUCUCCAUGCAACGACCUUCAACCUUGAUCACCACCAGUUACGAUGGCACAGCACGGGCAGGACACAUGGAACGAGCUGUGUUUGAUGAGGUAUACCGCUCUGAUAAGAGGCUAAAAGGCUUUGAUUUCCUGUCGCAUGACUGUUCCACUCUGCUCAUAGGAGAUGUACAUGGAGACAUUGCCAUCGUUGACACACGGACUCCAGGGACAUCUCAUGAAUCUCUCCAUACUCUUGGACGAGGGAUUCUAUACAGUGCCCACCUCCACCCCGUGCAGAAGCAGUACUUUGUGGUAGCUGUGGACAGUGGAGUUGGCAUAUAUGAUGUGCGGAGCCUGAAGGAGUCCACCCAGCCUGUGUCAGUGCUGGAUGGACACACCCGCCGUGUGUUCUCAGCCUAUUUCUCCCCAGACACUGGAAACAGAGUGCUCACCACCAGCAUUGACAAACUCAGGGUGUUUGAUGCAUCACAUCUGGCCUCAACUCCUUUGAUGACCUCCAUUGAUGUUGAUUACCAGCAGAAUAUGGCGUCCCGCGGGCCCCAGCGGCAGGCGUUGUGGGACCCAAAGCAGGAGGACUGCUUUAUGGUGAGCACUACGAAGCAGGUGAACAAGAUCAAGGUGUUUCAUGAGGGCGGCCAUCUGGUCCACGUGUUCGACAGCCCAGAUUACCUGACAGCGGUGUGCUCAGUCAUGGCCUUUCACCCCAGUAGGGGAGCACUGCUGCAAGGGGAUUCCCAAGGCUGGCUGCAUGUUCUCAUCUAGCCCCCCGCCCCCCAACUAACUUGUUAGAUUGUACACCACCCUUAUACUCUGUUGUUGCCUUAGUUAAGUUACAGACCAUUCCCUUUAUGAUCAAUUUUAUAAAAUAAGUUCAUCUGCAAAUUAAUCAUUUGUUCUAAUAUUUUUGUAAGUUGUAAGUGUUUGUGUUUUUAUUGCUGAAAAAAUAAACCUAUGAAGUUUUUUUUCCGUUGA